AUGGAAGAGUGUGAUCUCAACCGCUACCGCGAUAUGAUAAUCGAAGGAGAUUUGCCUCUCGACUUGCGUCCACCGCCUAGACUCUACCUACCUCACUAUCUCCGCGACGACAGAGAGGAAUACCAGCAGGAUGACACCUACGUGUCCGUCGACGAAGACACGCCAGAACACCCGCCACCGUCCAGCGACUCCGAGAGAUACGACGCGUCCAGCCCCAUCGAUAACAAACCCAGCUCACCAAAGAAACCAAAACAGAAGUCCUCGUCUCAGUUAAUCAAACCCCCGUACUCCUACAUAGCACUGAUCACGAUGGCGAUACUCCAAUCACCGCAUAAGAAAUUAACAUUAAGUGGUAUAUGUGAAUUCAUCAUGACGCGUUUUCCAUAUUACCGGGAAAAAUUUCCCGCGUGGCAGAACUCGAUUCGGCAUAACUUAAGUCUCAACGAUUGUUUCAUAAAGAUCCCGCGGGAGCCGGGGAAUCCAGGGAAAGGGAACUACUGGACGUUGGAUCCGAUGGCUGAGGAUAUGUUCGACAAUGGGAGCUUUUUGCGGCGUAGAAAGAGGUACAAGAGGCCGGCGCCAUCGCUUCAACACGCUCACGCUGUCGUAGCGAUGUUAGCGAGGGAGGCGUAUGCUCCGCUUUUGCCCUUGCCAUGUUAUUUGCCGCCAACGCCGUUACUGUCGCUGCCGCGGCCGCCGCCGGCAACUUUACGCCCCGUCCCGCUGCCGCCGAGAGUUCCAGAAAUGACUGACACUCGAUGUAAGAGAUCAAGAAAUGGUUUCUCGAUAGAGUCAAUAAUAGGGUCUCAGGAAAGCGAGGUUGUUGAACCGCGACGUAGUGCAUUUUCGCCGCUCCAUUUAGGAUCUAGCCCGCCGGACGACUGGGCUAGAUGA